UACUCAGGGAGGCGGCGGCGACGCGCAGGAGGAAAGAUGGAAGACUACCAGGCUGCUGAGGAGACUGCUUUUGUUGUUGAUGAAGUGAGCAACAUUGUAAAAGAGGCCAUUGAGAGUGCAAUUGGUGGCAACGCCUAUCAGCACAGCAAGGUGAACCAGUGGACCACAAACGUGGUCGAACAGACUUUAAGCCAACUCACCAAGCUGGGAAAACCGUUUAAAUACAUCGUGACCUGUGUAAUUAUGCAGAAGAAUGGAGCGGGGUUGCACACAGCAAGUUCUUGCUUCUGGGACAGCUCUACUGACGGCAGCUGCACCGUGCGAUGGGAGAACAAGACCAUGUACUGCAUCGUCAGCACCUUCGGGCUCUCUAUCUAACCCCCGCAUCCAGUGUGAUCUCACUCCUUUUGUCUCUGCUUCUCUCUUCCAUCUUCUGACCACCGGCCAUGAAUUCAGUGAACACCUUUCUCCUUCUCUUUAAGUGUGUUUCUUGUGGCAUCUCAAAAUGUAGAGAAAAACCCAGUGAGUGCACUGUUCUGUGAAC